CCUACAUAAAAGAGAAUAGGAAUUAGAUUAAAGUCAUUUCGAGCAUAAUGCUUACUGCAGUUCUGUUAAUAGUCUCCCUAACAGCUAGACAUACUUUUUCACUUGAAUGGAAGUUUCCCAAUGAUUUUAAAUUGGGUGUAGCCACCGCAUCUUAUCAAAUCGAAGGUGCUUGGAACACUGAUGGCAGAGGGGCUAGUAUUUGGGACACCUUCACUCAUAACCGUUCUGUACUCAUAAAAGAUGGAAGCAAUGGAGACGUAGCAUGUAAUUCAUACUAUAAAUGGGAGGAAGACGUAGAAAUGGCGAAAAAUUUAGGGGUCGACUCUUAUCGGAUAUCUCUAUCUUGGAGCAGAAUUCUUCCAGACGGUACCACAAGAAAGAUCAAUCAACCUGGAGUAGACUUCUACAACAGACUCAUAAAUAAGUUACUAGAGAACGAUAUAGAACCAAUAGUAACUCUUUAUCACUGGGAUCUACCCCAAAAGUUUAGUGCCUGGGGUGGAUGGACAAAUCCUGCGGUUAUAAAUUACUUUGCACACUAUGCUAGAACAGCAUUUGGCUUGUUCGGAGACAGAGUGAGGACAUGGAUAACUCUUAACGAACCAAGACUAAUAUGUCAAGCAUACAAAGGACUAGUUGGAGACGUAACGUCAGAUUUUCCUUUAGGAACAUCCGAAUAUAUGUGUGCUCAUAAUCUUCUGAAGGCACACGCAGAAGCCUACCAUAUUUACGACAAAGAGUUUAGACGGACACAAAAAGGAAAAAUUUCUAUCACACUUGAUUUUACGUGGACAGAACCGGCAAAUUCUAGCAAUCCUGACGACGUCCGGGCAGCAAAUCAAAAUAUCCAGUUUGAUUUUGGCAUUUAUGCCAAUCCUAUCAUGAAAUUUGACUACCCGAAAGUGGUGAUUGACCGAGUAGCUCAACGGAGUCGAUUGGAAAACUUUCCAGAAUCGCGUCUUCCUAAAUUUACGCUUGCAGAAAAACUGAGAAUUAAGGGUACUUACGACUACAUAGGAAUUAAUCACUACAUCACUUUAUACGGGAGAUCAAGUCCAGAACCACCUAUAUCGGAUCCACACAUUGAUCUGGAUGCAGCAGGAGAAAGAUUUAGUAAUCCCAACUGGGAGGGAUGUGCUGCAUAUUGGAUUAAGAUUGUCCCCUGGGGCUUAAGAAAUCUGUUGAAAUGGAUUAAAAACACCUAUCGAAACCCAGAAAUAUUAAUUACGGAAAAUGGGUAUGCUAAUGCGGGUGAUGAAUUAGAGGAUGAUGGAAGAAUUCGUUAUUACAGAUCAUAUUUGAAUGCUACCCUGCAGGCUAUUUUGGAAGAUGGAGUUAAUGUGAAAGGAUAUUUGGCAUGGAGCAUAAUGGAUAAUUUCGAGUGGACACAUGGAUAUACGCUUAAAUUUGGUUUAUAUCAUGUUAAUUUUACGGAUCCAAAUCGAACUCGUACUCCAAGAAAAUCGGUGGAAUAUUUCAAGAAUGUUACUAGGACGAGAACUGUAGGCUAACUCUAUGAUUUUGUAUUUGCAUAAUAAAAUAGUAAGUAAACAUUAAA